UUUUUUUGCUUCAAAUAUGAAUAUGGAUUUCGAUGCUCAACAAUUGUUAGAUCAAAUGAUGAAUGGUCAACAAUUUCUUCCAGACUUUUGUGGCUACAAUUUCGUUUUAUUGGACGAGCAAGUUGAAGAUAUUAUGCUUAAAACCAGUGAUGAUUUCUUUCGCCAUUGUUUUGGGCUGGAAAAAUUAAUGGUUCGUUGUUUGAUCAUGGAGCUCCAUAAAAGAACAUAUGAUCAAAAUGAAAAUGGAUUGUGUUUUGAUAUGAGUGUGCUGGUCACUCUGUCAUAUCUUAUGGGCAACAUGGAUUUGCUGCUUCAAAUGGAGGAAUUUCAAAGCUACUAUUCCUCGGCGACUGUAAAAAGAUGUGUAAAAAGUAUUUGUCAGACUAUUGUUUAUUUUCUUAGUCCCUAUUACGUUAGAUUUCCUAGAUCCCAAAAAGAAUUGGAUUCAAAUAAAAAAGAAUUUUUAAGUAAAUUUGGUAUUUCCGGUGUAGUAGGCGUUUUGGAUUGCCAUCAUGUGCGUCUUAUGAAUGUACCCAAAUAUGAAGAGGAUUUGUAUUUGAAUAAAUAUAGCCAAGGGCCCACGCUGACAGUUCAAUUGAUAAGUGAUAAAAACCAUCGUUUUUUGGAUGUCAAUGCAAGAUUUUCUGGUUCAACGCAUGCCAGUUAUAUAUGGGAUCGCAGCCAUAUAAACAGCAUGCUUAAAAAUUUUCAAAAGCAAGAUUCAUUUACUUGGCUGCUUGCCGAUCGUAAAUAUCGUUCAAAUGAAUGUCUAGUUAUUCCCUAUCGAAAGCCUGUCGAUAAGUUACAAGAAUCUGUUAAUUUCGCUAUGAAGGAAACACUAUAUGGGGGAUUGAAAUCUUUUGCCAUACUGAAAGCUCGUUUUAGAUGCCUUGACACAGCUUUACCAUUUGAUCAUGCAAAUGCUUGCAAUGUUAUCACUGCUUGUGUCACCUUGCACAACUUUCUAAUGGAAAAAGGACAAAAUGUAGAGCAUAAUUUAGCGUAUAAUGUUAUGAAAGAAACACACUUUCGAAAUUCUAGUUAUCCCGAAGAGUUAUCACCAAAAGCCAUGGAAAAUCGAAAAUUUAUAGGGAAUUUUAUGUGCAACAAUUCCAUACAAAUAUUAUACAAAAUUCGUAAAGAAACAAAUUUGAGUUUUGUCGGUGCACCGCCUAUCAUAGCACCACCCCCUAUGAUAAACACAUAUGAGAUGGCAUAUUAAAUGAAUGUUUAGUGGAUUUAUUUCAUGUGCAUGUUUAUGGUA